CAUGGGUGGGCAGACAGACAGUGAGUUCUCUUCUCAGCAGAUAUAAGGCCUUGGUCCUAUAACUUCUCACGGAGUACAUUGUCUUUACAGAGGAGACACAGCUCAACAUACAAACUGAUAUACUGAUAUUUCCAUCAAAAUGUGGUCAUCCCUGGCAGUGCUCCUCGCGGCCUCCUGUGUCUGUCUGGCACAGGUCAAAAUCAAAACCAAAACCAAAUCAAUUGAUGAGAUCUCAGACGAUUCAGACCUGCGCUUCAGGCGUAUGAUUAGGGGCAGCCUGGCCCCUCAUGUCCCCUGGCAGGCCAUGGUCUACCUGAGUAAAAGCGUCAUGAACGGGGGCUUCGCUGGGGGAGCUCUAAUCUCUGACCGCUGGGUCCUGACCGCUGGCAGGAACUUGUUUGUCAGGAAGAGUAGACAGGACACCCAGGGGAAAGAACCAAUCAUCCCCAAGGUGUACUUAGGCAUCACGCGACAAUCCCAAGCCGAUAACUCCAAAGAAGUUGCUGUAGAAAAGGUGGUUCUGCACCCAGGCUUCCAGAACGUGUCAGACUGGGACAACGACCUGGCUCUGAUUCAGCUGAAGGAGCCAUUCACCCUGAGCGAGGCUGUGAUGCCCAUCCCUCUGCCUGAGAGGGGUGAGGACCUGGCUGAGGCAGCCCAGGAGAAAGGCAUCAUCACAGGCUGGGGUUGGGGGGUCCUCUUCACCCCCACUGAGUCACUGAAACACCUGGUAUUGCCUGUGGCAUCGCAUAGCUCCUGUAAGGCAGAGUACAACCCUGGUGGCCAAGUGCUGAGCAGCACUCCAACCGUAGAUGACAACAUGUUCUGUACUGGAGCCAACAAGUACCAGGAGAAUGUGUGCUUUGGGGACGCAGGCGGUGCCCUGGCAGUCCAGGACCCCAAAGACGGCAGAGUGUAUGCUGCAGGGAUCCUGUCCUUCGAUAAGACCUGUGCCGUGGAGAAAUACGCUGUCUACAUGAAGCUCUCUGCCUACAUGCCUUGGAUCAACAGUGUCCUCAGGGGCGACAGUGAGACAUCAGCCAGUCUCCGCUCCAGUGUAAUGUCUGAGAUGUAUUCGAGACAGUUGUAGCCUCCACUCAGCACAGUUUCAGAUAUGAGAGCCGGGGCUCAUAAUCUCCAUUAUGCCUUUGUUUACAAAGUCAUUUUCUGACUUGAUCUUGUCAAACUCUCUCAAGUUAUGACUUUCAUUGAGUGUGUCUUCCGAUUUUCAAUAAAUUCAUCUCUCCUAAGAA